GCGGAGCACAAAUUACCCCCACCAUUUCUGUCAGUGGGAUUAACAGUAAAUUCCAGUAACUGUAUCAGUGGCAGUGACACCCCUGAGCACUGGUGUCAGUGGCAUUAUUAUUCAAUUCCUGCUUGUGUUGUCGUGGGAGGAGUAGUGCCACAUCAUUGGUGUCAGUGGAAGGAGUAGUGCCCCAUCACUGAUGUCAGUGGGAUGAAUAGUGCCCCAUCGUUGGUAUCAGUGGGAGGAAUAGUGCCCAUCACUGGUGUCAGUGGGAGGAAUAGUGCCCCAUCACUGGUGUCAGUGGGAGGAAUAGUGCCCCAUCACUGGUGUCAGUGGGAGGAAUAGUGCCCCAUCACUGGUGUCAGUGGGAGGAAUAG